AUGGCCCCACUUGAUCCAGCAAACACCAUGGGCCCCGGCCAGGAUUUGCUGCAGCAUUUAAUCAUCCCCUACCACCCACCUUUUACGAGACCGAGCACAGGAACAAGCCCAUCUUCUCCUGCAGACAACGACAGCGCCGGUGACAACGACAGCCAAGACCAUCCCGAGUCGCAAUAUUGGCGCUAUCGCGGUCGUUUCGCCCAACAGGCCCUACAACCAUCCUCCAGCAUGCAAGCUGUAAACCACUCACCUACAUCUACAUCACCAUCUGUGCCAGUGGAUCCCACCGUGGAAACUGGCACUGCCCUCUCUCUCGACGACUAUCUCAAGGCACACCCUCCCCCCACACCAAGAUCAAAAUCCUCCGUCACUCAUCACCCAAAACCAGCCAAAGUCACCAAAUCAGCCAAGCCAGCUAAGCCUGCAAAUGCCACCCCCGUUCUCGUCGGUGCACGCUCAUCCAAGCACACCAUUGAACUUCACGAGAGGUACCAGGCCCUCGCCAUUCCCCAGCCCGAAUUCACUUUCCAGGGCAGCAGUGUCGAAGGUUGGUGGGGCAGCGUGACCUUUCGAGCUAUCCUGGGUGCCGACCGCUCGACUCAAGAUGAUGACGUCCUCGACCUACCGUCCGAAGUGAAACUGAACGAGAACGGCGACGUUGAACUCUUCAAACGAGGACCCUUCACUAGCAAGCAGGAAACCAAGGAGAAGCUGAGCGAGGCGGCCUUGCCGGUGCUGGCAGAGCUGGAGAGCAAGGGAAAAGUCUGCAAGCCCCCCAAAAAGACGAAAGCGAAGGCGUCGGCCCAGGGUGAUCAGCCUGAAAUCUCAAAGAAAGAGAAGGAGCCCAUCGUCAACUAUGUGGGCCAGCUACUCGAGUUCCAGCGCAGCAACGAUGCCUCUCAGCCCAUCUACGCCGACUACCAACUCGGUUCAGGUUUCUUCUGUCUAGCCACCAUCGACGGUUAUCCCGAACCAUUCGGCUCCCGGGAACCUCCCUACUUCUCCUCCAAAAAGGCUGCCCGCCAGGACGCCGCCCGCCACGCAGUCGAGCACUUCAAAGCCGAGGGACUCUGGCCCGAGACCUUCACCGAGUUCGGGGGCAUCAAGAAGAAGAAAGCAGCCAAAUCCAUCGCUGGAGACGCUGACGCCCAUGCAAUCCUCUUAAAUUCAACCUCACCAGCAGCAAACCUCGACUCAACUGCCAGCCCAGGAGGCAGCUACGCGCAGCGCGUCGCGCAGCUCGCCGGAACCCUUGGCCUUCCCACCCCGCAAUGGCAGAUUGAGCCGUCCCCCGCCGCCCCUGGGUUCAACACUGCAUCGUGCCUUUUUAAGAACUCGGCACACCCGGGUCCUUUUGGCGAAGUGCGCCACAUCCUCGGCAAGAAGAAGGCCAAAGAAGAGUGUGCCCGUCUGACUCUCGACUACCUCUUGGGCGUCAAGGAGCAGCGCAUGGCAUUUGGCCGCAAGAUGAUGGAGGGUGUCAAGGGGGGUGAGACUGUCCAACAGGUGGCCUUGAGCAAGCCCUUGGGUGGCGAUGCCGAAAUCGAGGCUGACGUUAUGAUGAGUCGGAACGAGCAUAAGAAGCAAGCGUCGCAAUGGCGCUCAUAUGAUGGCGGUGCUGACAGUGAAACUGAGGAUAGCGAAAUGGGGUUUGAGGAUGCCGUUGAGGAAAUGACUUCUUGA